AUGUCUCAAGAUGCCGACGAUACUAGGUCUGUGGCUGAAAGUUUACCUGAUGCCCCUACCAAGCAAUCAUAUCGGUCUUUCAAGAAAAAAUUCGCGAAACUUAAGGUCAACUUUGAACUACGAAUGAAAGAGAGCGAGGCGCUUGUCCGAGAAGAAUUGCGUAUCCAAGACCUUUCAAACAGAAUUCAGGAGCAAAACGACCAGCUCUUAGAAGUCCUCCUGGAAUUCAAUGACAGCCUGCACAUCCCGCCCAAUUUACGGUUUAAUCUAAGUACAUCAGAAGAUGCUUCGCUGCUAUCCAGUACUGGAAUUGAAGACCCAGCUCCAUCGAAUGACCCUGAAGUGGCCGCUUCAAUGCUAAGACAUGCCAAGGAUGAGGUAGCAGCUGGACAGAUGACAGCUGAGACCUACCACGGUCUGGAGGAAUCUAUCAAACGAGGUAAGGCGUUUGAGCCACAGCUCGAAUAUGCUUCAUUGGUCAAGGUGCCACAUACUGUGCCGCAGACGGUAGAAGAGGAUGAUUCAGCUGGUGUUAGCCUCGAACAUCGUCUUGGGUUUUUCACGCCGGAGCACGAGACCGAGUAUUAUUUCGCUUUAGAUGCCAGGCUGGGUGACGAAACAGCAGCUUUGCAUCUCAGUCGUGCUCCAGACAAGCCUUCAUUCCAUGAUCGGGAGAGGGAUGCUGCACUUCGGAACUCUAUCUCCGUCUACAACUGGCUACGGAGAAACCAGCCACAUAUCUUUCUACAGGACAAUGAGAAUGCCUCAGAGAAAUCCGGUUCCCGGCCAUCGAAUUUGCGGGCUUCCAAGAAAGUCGCCCCUCAACCUCGAAAAGAUGAGGAUGACGAUGAUAGCGUCUUGAUGGACACUGGACCUACGUUCGCUGGAGCCAAAGGCAAGCGCAAACGAGAUGAAGACGGCGGAUCUAGAAGCAAAGGCAGCGGUAGCCGGUCAAACAGAAAGAAGAAAGAUGAUACCACUCCUACUGCAAAGCGCCCGUCUAAAAGGUCAUCUGGAGUGGGAGCUUAA